AUGUUUCACUGCAUACCGUUUAUAAAAUCGUGCAACCGGCACGUGGAAUAUUUGGACAAGAGGCAUUGUAACUUACAAUCGGUGCCUGACGAAGUUCUCCGGCACACUCGUACCCUUGAGGAACUCCUCCUCGAUUCCAACCAACUCUCCGAACUGCCUAGGAAUCUGACCUACCUAUGCCUCAAUGACAUAUCACUGAACAGACUGCCAUGUGAUAUUGGAAGUUUGGUGAACUUGGAGAACCUUGAACUGAGAGAGAACUUCAUUAAAUACCUUCCAUCGUCUAUGUCUCUAUUGAAGAAAUUAAGAAUACUAGAUCUGGGAAAUAACCUCAUUGAAGAACUUCCCAAUGUUCUAGGAUCAUUAUUGAAUCUUGAAGAGCUACUACUUGAUUGUAAUGAACUGUCUGAGAUACCGCCUGACAUAGGGAAGUUGAAGAAACUAACCCAACUAGACAUAUCAGAGAACAAGAUAGAAGUUCUUCCGGACGGAAUUGGCGGAUUGGUUAACAUCAUCGAUCUCUAUCUCUCCAGGAAUCUCCUGGAAUAUCUGCCCGACACUAUUGAUUCACUGGGUAGAUUGUGCAUCUUGAAAGUUGACCAGAAUCAGCUGGUCAAGCUGACACCUCAUAUCGGAAUGUGCCAUUCAUUACAAGAAUUGAUACUAACCGAGAAUUUACUGGCGGAUUUGCCGGGAGAGCUUGGUCAGUUACAGAGGCUGACAAAUUUGAAUUUGGAUAGAAAUAGAUUGUCCUCAGUACCUGGAGAACUGGGUCAGUGCGGUUCUCUCGGCGUGCUAUCGUUGCGAGACAACAGACUGGUCGAUAUACCAGAGGCUAUAGGCAAUCUCAAAAAUCUACACGUACUCGAUGUCGCCGGAAAUAGACUUCACCAUCUUCCAUUGAGUUUGGGCUCUUGCAACUUGAAAGCCAUUUGGCUGUCCGAAAAUCAGACUCAUCCGAUGUUACAUUUUCAGGAAGAUGAGGAUGCUGAGAACGUUGGAAAAAGGAUUUUAACCUGUUUCCUGCUGCCACAACUUGCUUACCAGUCCGAAAAUUCGGAACGAGACGGCUGGAGCAUUGAGCAGCAGCAACAACAUCAACAACUGUUACUACAACAACAACAACAAUUGUCGUCAUCAAUAUUGUUGCAGCAGCAACAACACCAACAACAGCAACAAAAUCAUGUUACAUCCAUUGCGUUUGUUGGUGUUGAUGAUUAUAACUCAGAUGCUGAACAAGAUGAGAUUCCAUUUAAGCGACAAAACACGCCACACCCAAAAGAACUGCGAACAAGACACGUUAACAAGUUAACCAAAAAGGAGCACUACCAGGCUAUGGAAAAUGUACAUGAUCAAAUUAAAGAUUCAAUAGAUUCAGAGAGCCAUAAACUGAGUUCCAAGAAAUCUAGUCAGGAUGACGAUGACGAUGACGUGGGUGACAUCCAUGGUGACGAUGACGAAACUGCCAAGCUCAUGUCUUCAUCUGCCGAUAGGAAAUCAGUCAUUUCGUCGCCCCCCCUGUCCUAUUACUCACCGGCGAGCGAUAAGAACGUAAAACCACCACCGACCACGAUAACAUUUCUACCAGCUGUCAAAUUUCUCGUCCAACCGUCAUCAUCAAAACUAUCAUCACCUCGAUCGACAUCGUCAUCAUCACCGACUGCUCAGCAACUACAAUCACCACCACUCGCAACAACAACAACAUCAACAAACAUCGCAACAUCGUCGUCGUCGCCGUCGUCAUCGUCCCUUUCUAGAAAGACGAAAGAUCUAAAUAUAGAUAGCAAGGGCAACCCCAGUGCUAAAAAUAGCAAACGCGAUGCUGAUAACGAUGAUAACGACGGUCAUCAUGAUGAUGAUGACGAUGAUGAAGAGGAUGCUGAUGAUGAUCUGAAGAGAUUGUCAUCGUCGUCAUCAUCACCUGUCAUUUUGAGGAAAAAUAAACCUAGAUUCUCCGGAGUUGGCAAUGAUGAGGACGAUGAUAAUAACGAUGACGACAACGAAAGGCAGUCCAAUGCCGAAAGGCACGUUGGUUUCGCAUCCAGUGUCGAUGAGUUUAGAGCUAAGGAAGGCAAGCUGAGAAGAAGAGACACUCCCCAUCAUCUGAAAAAUAAAAGGAUCGUUACUAAUAAAAUGAAUCCGGAAGAGAAAUUAUGUCAGAUCUUAGCACAGAGUUCCCUGGACUCACAUAAGUACUCAGUUUCAAGCUCUGAGGAUAUCUCAUGCAGACUGGCCUAUGAUAGGAUGAGUGAUUUCCAUAAUGAUAAAGAUAACGACGACAAGGUUAAGAAACAAAUCAAAUUCUGCUCUUCGAGUAACGAAGAUAAUGAAGAUGCGGACGACGACGAUGGCGACGAACAUGGUGAUGAUAAUGAUGAUGGCGCUCGUGAUAACACUCAUUCCAAGAUGAGGAGACACUUGCAUAUUUACGACAGUGACAUCAGGAAUGAGGGUGGAGGUGACGCUGAUAACGGAAGUUUUCAUCAUUCGACCACCGCAUCACCGAAAAUGACAUCAUCAAAAGUGACAUCACCAGAAAUGGCAUCACCAGCAACAUCAACUACGACUUCUAAAGCCAACAAGACCGUCCAUGAGACCAUCACGACGACGACAACAGCCACGACAUCUGCUAACAACAACAACAAAUCUGGAAUUGGUGAUAAUAAAGAUGAUGAUGUCGAUGAUGGUGGAGUAGAAAUGGUGUUUAGGAUCAGUAAGGAAGAUGGAGUUGGUCUCGGGAUGAAUGUCGCUGGCGGCCUGGGCUCUUCACCAUUCAGAGGCAACGACAAAGUGAAUGAGCGUAACGUAAUCAACGUACCACAUGCCUACGCCGUCAAUCUACUAAAAGAGGCCAGAGAGCAAGUGGUCGUCGUCAUCUAUAGAGAAAAUGACGUCAAGAACAACUCCACUUCUGUUCCUACAAUCGCCAACAACAAUCAUCAUAUGACCACUACAUCGUUUAUCGUUACUGAUAGCCUAGGUGUGGCUGAAAGAAGAAGUAGUAGUAGUGGUUGUGGCGGUGGUGAUGGGUGUGGCGGCGUUGCGGAUGUGUCGACUGAAGCCGUUGUGGCCACUCUCUAUAGGAAAGAACCUCAUUCUUGUCUCGGGUUCAAGCUGACUGAUAACCAUGACAAGAAGGGUGUUUACAUAUCUGAUAUCGUUGAAGGGGGCGUUGCAAUCCUUGAUGGGCGACUGAAGAUUCAUGAUAGGAUUAUGUCGAUUAAUGGAUGUGACGUGAGCGGGAAGAGUUUGCCGGAUGUAGUUGAGAUCGUCUCCAAGUUCAACAACAAACUGACCAUCGUUGCGUAUCGCCACAAAUUAAUUCCGGUUUCAUCCACAUCGUCUUUAACGGCAUCAUCAACAUCAACAUUAGCAUCGACAACGAUAGCUACAACAGCACAAACAUCAUCAACAUUAGCGCCUACUGAAACAACAACAACGUCACGUUUAUUUCAGACCACUUUUGCAGUUCCAGUUGCUACCACAGCGUCGGCAACCACAGUAUCCACUGCUGCGACACCUACAGCAGCUAUUUCGUCAUCACUUUCAACAAACUCAUCCAUAUCAGCAACUAGUCAGCCACAAAAAUUAGCGGAGAUUGAUGACGCAAUUGCAAAAUUUACUUCAAGAAGACCAACUCAAACGACAUCAACAAGCAGUUCCAUCACUUCUACAACGACAACACCAUCGUCACCGACAUCCCAGAUGAUGUCAACAACUAAGACAUCAACAGCAAAACCACUAACAUCAUCAACAGCAACAUCAUCAUUAAGUGUUCCUACAUCGCCAACAUCAAAAACAUCACCACCAGCUUCAUCAUCAUCUUCAUUAUCAUCAGCAUGUUUCCUUGCUAACUUAAACCUCUCUUUGUCUUAUUACAGCCGCUGCACUCUUGUCGCUAGUCCGACAUUCAGCAACAGCAGCGGCAACAACAUUUCCACAACAGCGCCAUACAACAUCAGCAACAACAUCAACAAGUUUGAAUAUCAACUCAGCAGCAAAACCCAUAACGCCAUCAACAACGUCAUCAGUGACGUCAACGUCAGUCACAUCAACAACAUCAUCAACAACAUCAACAACAACAUCAACAACAACAUCACCGUCCCUAUCUUCUUGUGCCUUUGUCCAUAUAAGUUACUACUAAGCACCAGCAUAGUAAUUGAGGAAGAUUUGAGUCGCGGCUACUUCAGUAUGGGCAGUCGUGGCGACACUAGCGACAGUUGCGGCUAUAACAGCCACGUUUAUCGCGAUGAUGCCGAUUGUAAUAAUGAUAAAGUAGAUGAUGAAUGGAUGAUUAAAUCUGGAGAAGUUAAGAAGGAUGAUGAUAACAACGAUGGCGAUGAUGGUAUUGAUGGUAUUAAAGCAUUUGAUGGUAACAACAUAGCUCCUUAUCCAAUUGAGGUGGUGCACCUGAACAAGGGCUUAGGCCCUUUGGGGUUAAGCAUUGUGGGUGGUCGUGAUCAAACUAAUCACCCUUUUGGUGAAUUCUGUGGGGACGGUAAUUCUGAUGAUGAAGAUUUUGGCGUUUUCAUAUCUCGGGUAUCAGCCGGUGGUGUGGCCUCGAAUAGCUCUCUAAAGAUCGGUGAUCGAAUCCUUUCUGUGAACAACGUAAACCUAAUGAACGUAACACACGCUGAAGCAGUUAAACACCUGUCAUCAGCGGUUGGCGUUGUUAAGCUGGUCGUUCGCAAGGACCCACAGCCAUUAAAUCUCCAGGAAGUAACAUUAGUGAAAGAAGAGCAUGAUGAGAAGUUGGGAAUAAGUAUCAGAGGUGGUCACAGAAGUAAGUCAGGCAAUCCUGCUAAUCCUAAAGAUGAAGGGAUAUUUAUCUCUAAGAUACACAAUCCUGGCCUGGCUUACAGAGACGGGCGGCUGAAAGUUGGACAGAGAAUAUUAGAGGUAAACCAUCAGAGCAUUCUCGGCCUCACCCAUCAAGAAUCUGUGUCAGCACUAAAGAGCCCUCAUAGUGACAGCCUCACUCUGGUCGUCUGCUCUGGAUUCGAUCCCGACCUCCUUAGCACUACAAACCUUUCGUCGUCCAACUCUUCAUCUGCUGAUCUGUUGGUGAAACCUGACAUUACUGCUACUACUGCUACUGAUGUUGCCGCGACUACCUUUUCAUGUUCCGAUGUUUUCCUCUAUUGCGAUGACCUUACGUUAAAUAAGAUAAAUCUACAACAACAAUCACAGCGACAUCAACUACAGCAGCAGCAGCAACAACAGCAGUCUAAAUCUUCUUCUAGUUUUGAUCGGAAUGAGGAGGAUGAUCCUGCCAAUGAGUUUAUGAGCUUUACUGCCAAGAAGCUAUUUUUCGAGAAAGAGAUACAGAACUCUAAGCCAACUUUCCACCAGAAAUUAUCAAUAUCUAAUAAGAUUUCACCAGAAGACAUGAAAUCACCAGAAUGCAAGGUGUUCAUCACACCACCUCCACCACCGAAGAAAACGACGACAUCGUAUUCAGCUGCUGCCAACGAAGCUUCUUCUGCUGCUGCGGCUGCUGCUGCUUCUACCACUAAAUCGUCGUCGACGUCGUUUUCUCAACGGUCGCCACAAUCGCGACCUAUCCAUUAAAACUCUGGAUGUGUAUGUGGUGCCAAGCCUCACCAAUUCGUUGUAAUAUGAAAUUAUUCUCAUAUGACAUAGAAAAAUUUUACUAACUAACUAUUUUCGACAAGAAUUACAACAACAACCACAAGAACAGCAUCAGCAACCACAACAACAACAGUUGUAACAUUAAUAACAUUAACAGUAGCAGCCAUAACAUCAACUACAGCUAGAGCAACGACCGAAAUUGCAUUAAUAAUAAAUAUACAACUAUUUUAUCAACUACAUCUUUAGUAACAAUUGUAUUGAGACUGUCAUUCGAUAACAUUAACAACGACAUUAACGGCAAUGACAACAACUACAUCACACUACUACACAUUAUUUAAUAUUGACUGGUAAUUUUUUAUCUUUUCUAUGGCUACGACACAUACUGUCUACAUAUUCGUCUACAUAUUCAUUUUAGAAUAUUUUUUUCUUGAAAAAAUUAAUUCACUAAAAUUAAUAAUAACAAAAACAAUAGCAUCUAAAUAUAAAUAUGUAAUAUUAUAUAUAUAUAUAUAUAUAUAUAUUUACAAUAUUCUAUAAAUUGUUUGGGCUAUUUUUUUGUCUUAGCUGUCGUGAAGAGCUUUUAUUAUUAUUAUUACUUUCAUUUCAGUUCAUUCAAUUUUUCUUAUUAUUAUCAUUAUUAUCAAGUUUAUUUGUAUAUAAAACACUGAUGAAUUGUGUUCUUUUAUACGUAAUUUGUAUUGUAUAUUUAUUUAUUUGUUUAUUCAUCCAUUUAUUCGUUUAUAUAUUCAUUCAUUCACUCAUACAUUCAUUCAUUCAUUCAUUCACUCACGCACAUUUAUGUUAUAUAUUUUUAGUUUAAUUCAUUUUUGAAUUUGAGUUCUCAACUUAUAUACAUUAUAUAUAUAUAUAUAUAUAUAUAUAUAUAUAUAUAUAUAUAUAUAUAUAUAUACAUACAUACAUACAUACAAAGUCAGUAAAAGCAAUUGUGUAUAAUAUUAGAUCGGUAGUCCAUAUUAUUGACAGUGGUGAUUUUAGAAAAAGAUUAAUGGUAAUAUGGAUUGUUUUUUUUUUAUUAUUAUUCUUGAUUGUUCUUCUCGUAAUUUUAAUUAUUAUGAUUAUUAUGAUUGUUAUUAUUAUUGCCGUGACUUUAACAAAUACUCAUCGGCUACAAUGU